AUGACAAAGAAGAACAAUGCACGAAAGAAAGACAGGUCGCGAGAGGUUGACAAAGACAAAAUAUCGGCGCCCAAAACAAAGGAUUGCGCAGCGCAUACAACACAGGACGAGCAAACAAUCGAUCAUGCGAAAAUCUUGGGGGAGCAAUCAUCAUCUCUCGCACCACGCACAAGUGUAUCUAGACGCAAACUGAAGGCAGUAUUAAUACCGAAGCAUUCUUUAUCGCCCCCCAUGGAAUUACCACCGACUCCAGAAUCCCUUCCCGACGCAAGACUGGGCUUCAGUCCAGCGCCUGAAGACGUCUACACAAAACACGUAUCGCCGCUCCUAGCUCAAAGCUAUGGAAAGAAAAUUAUUUCAUUUGAAGAAUGGUCGUCAGCGCUAGAAUCACACUUCACGGUUUCCAAGAUCGCGGAAGCCUCUUUCUCGGAAGUAUAUCGACUUUCAGCCGCAGACACAGAGCUGGACUCUAGUAAUGAAUCUGUUCUCAAACUUAUAGCAUUGAAAUCGCCGCCAAAUGCUCCUCUUCCAGGUGCCCCACAAGGACGCAGGGCAAGAGGUUCGACGCGUCAACCAAAGAGUAAUAUAGAGGUGUUCAAAGAGCAGGAACAAUGGAAAUCUGACGUGAAUGAUGUCCAUUCGGAAGUCAAACUGCUACAAAAUCUAAACCAGAUACCUGGUUUCACAAAUUUCCGAGAAGUCACGGUUCUCCAAGGCCGGCCAACUGCUUCAUUCGCCAACGCUUGGAAAGCAUGGAACAAGUCACGAGCGAGGGGCAAGAAGAGCGAGUUUCCGGAUCCUAGUAAGAAGACUAGUUAUGAAGAUACACAGCUUUGGGCUGUGGUGGAAAUGCAAGAUGCAGGUACAGAUUGCGAAAAAGUCAUGGAGAGCGGCGGAGUAUCGACUAUAUGGGAAGUUUGGGACGUCUUUUGGGGGGUUUGUCUUAGUGUUGCCAAAGCCGAAGAGACAUGCAGAUUCGAGCAUAGAGACCUUCAUCUGGAGAACAUCUGCAUACGAUCGUCCAGAACGCAAUCAGAAGAUGAUCUCACUCGACCUUUCAUCAAAGAUCCCCUGAGGCGGAAGUUGGGCUUCUCGGGACUGGACACCACCGUCAUAGAUUAUACCCUAUCCCGUGCAGAUAUUAUUCCAGAGUCCCGGCAAAGCCUCCCGCUCUACCCACCUCCAUCAAUACCUACUGGCUUUACGCAUACCCCGACUGGAAACGAGGAAGUUGCCUAUCUUGACCUUGGCAAGGAUCCAAGUCUCUUUGAGGGUGACGCCAGCGAAGAAUAUCAGUAUGAAAUCUAUCGUUACAUGAGAGGUGUCGCGUUAUACAAUGACCCUCUCCAAAACGAUCCACCAACCUCGAGUUAUCCAGAUACACCGCGACGUUCGCCCCGGAAAGCCGCCCAGCAUAUUCGAUUCGAUGAAGAGGGUGAUGCCGAAGCGCCAAUCCGUCGCUCUCCGCGCAAGUUACCCAGCAAUAGAAUCAGCACUACAGCGUCUAGUGUAUGGAGAUCAUUCCACCCCGGGACGAAUUUGGUGUGGGUACAUUUCAUUCUGGCUAAACUUCUUCAACAUCUUGAAGGUGGCGAGCCUACCGCUCUCUCACCUAAGCAGACGAUGCGCAACGUCGAAGCCAAACCUAGCGAAUCGGGAAAGAUCGUCAAAAAGGCAUGUAAGCUGUUCACGACACUGGAGAAAGUCAAUGAGCUUUUAAAGCCGGAAACUUUGAGAAAGCCGGAUAGUAUAGGGAGUGUGAAGGAAUUGGUUGUAUUGGCUCUUGAAAAGAGAUGGCUGAGAAUUGAAGAUGUUACUGGGGCGUGAGCAGAAGGGGUGAGAGGCAUGGUUCGAAGUUUUGCAUUUACAGGAGUUGAGUGGCUUCCUAACUGUUCUAAGCAUUAAGCAUAGCGAAUCCAGCAUUGUAUAGAAUCAUCAUUUUUCCAGAUAUACAUGGCAAAAUCAAAACAUUCUUGUUAAAAUCCUCAUGAUUCCACUUGGAAAGCUUUAAGACCAAAAU